AAUAAAGAUGAAGCAUAUUGAUUCCGUGUGAAACUUGUGUUCUUUUACUCAUAAAAAUAAAAUGAAUAAGAGAGAAAGAUAGUGGUGGUGGUGUAUAUAUAGAGAGUGUGUAGAAGAGAAUUAGAGAAGGCCUUUGAAGAAAGUUUGUUUCUUUUAUUUGAAGCUGUGAUUCACUUUCACAUUUACAGUUAAAAGACAAAACAGAGAGAGAGGGAGAAAAAAAAAUGGAGAGGGAGAGUGAAGUGAAAACAUCAAAGUUUAAGACGAUUUGCGUCUUCUGUGGGAGUAGCCAAGGCAACAAAGUUAGCUAUCAAGAAGCUGCGAUUGAACUCGGCAACGUUUUGGUUUCAAGGAGCAUUGAUUUAGUGUAUGGAGGAGGCAGCAUAGGCCUAAUGGGGCUGGUUUCUCAGGCUGUCCACGACGGCGGCUGCCACGUCACUGGAGUGAUUCCCAAGACGCUCAUGCCUCGAGAGUUAACUGGACAAACAGUAGGGAAAGUGAAGGCAGUUGCAGACAUGCAUCAAAGGAAAGCAGAAAUGGCUAAGCAUUCUGAUGCUUUUAUUGCCUUACCAGGUGGUUAUGGAACUCUUGAGGAACUGCUUGAAGUCAUAACAUGGGCUCAGCUCGGGAUCCAUGACAAGCCGGUAGGUUUGCUGAACGUGGAUGGAUACUACAACUCGUUGCUCUCAUUCAUCGACAAAGCAGUCGAGGAAGGCUUCAUCAGCCCCAACGCUCGCCACAUCAUUGUGUCUGCACCAACAGCCAAAGAGCUUGUGAAGAAGCUAGAGGAAUACGUUCCGCGCCACGAGAGAGUAGCUUCGAAACUGAGCUGGGAGAUAGAGCAGCAACUAGGCUACUCCCAGAGUUAUGAUAUUGCCAGAUGACUUCUUCUCACCAUAACACAGAUUUUCAUCUUGGAAUUAGGCAAUGGAAGAAGCUAACUUGGGAGUUUUUGCAAAUCUUUAUUUAUCUAAGGUUACUUUUGUAAAUUUCAUGGGAUCUACUUACCUUUAAAUUAGUUAUUUUAUUUGCCUAAUUAGUUUGGUUUGCAAAGGUUGUAACUAGCUAGUAACUACUACUAUGACAUUGUGCAAGACUCCAUCUAAUGUGACCUUACUAGUACUAUUCUAAAAA